AUGCAUUCCUUAGGUGUGCUUGUUAGCCUCACUCUCUUGGCCGCCUCUGCCCUAGCGGGCCCCAUCAACCUUACCAAGCGCAGAACUUCGACUGGCGAAACCGUUGUUUAUUGGGGCCAAAACGGCGGUGGAGUUAUCGAAGCCACAGAUCUCGCUACGUACUGUUCUAUUAGCAGCGGUAUCGACAUUAUCGUUCUAGCUUUCUUGUACCAAUAUGGUAAUGGUGUCACCGUCCCCGGAGGUGGAUUCGGCCAAACAUGCUAUAUCUUGGCUGGCUCUGGUACUGCUCAGUCUUGCAGUGCUGUUGCGUCGGCUAUCACUACUUGCCAAAACAAUGGUGUCAAGAUCUUAUUGUCUCUUGGUGGUGCAAGUGGUGGUUAUUCGCUCACUUCUCAAACUGAGGCCAAAGCUAUUGGUGACUAUCUCUGGCAGGCCUAUGGCAACCCUUCCAGUAUCACCGUUCCUCGUCCUUUCGGUAAUGCUAUUGUCAACGGUUGGGACUUUGAUAUUGAGAACGCUUCUGGUAGCUCGUACUACCCAUACUUGAUUGCCGCCUUGCGCUCCAACUUUGCCAGCGACAGUGCAAGCAAAUACUACAUUUCUGGGGCUCCUCAAUGCCCUAUCCCCGAGCCAAACAUGGGAUCCAUGAUCGCGAACUCUACUUUCGACAUGCUCUUCAUACAAUUCUACAACAACAACAACUACACCAACCCCUGCGCUUUGGGAAUCAACGGUGAUGCCCCCUUGAACUACCUCGAGUGGGUCAGUUUUAUUUCCACUUCCAAAUCUCUCGAUGCCAAACUCUUCAUUGGCGUCCCCGCUUCCACUCUCGCCGCCAACGGUGGUGAAAGUGGUUCAAUUUACUACGCUACCCCAGAACAACUUAACAUUAUAGUCGGCGAUACCCGAGGUAACACCUCAUUUGGAGGUGUUAUGAUGUGGUCUGCCGGCUACUCCGACUCGAAUGUUAACGACGGCUGCACCUACGCCCAGGAAGUCUCAAAAAUCCUCUACGAGGGUGAAAUUUGCUCCGGAUCUUACGACGUUACCCGAACCUUGACGCCUGUGGCGCCUACUCCUUCUUUCACCGGAACUGCUACCGGAACAUCAACUGCCACUCCCACCGCGACUGGAACUCCAGUUCCCGAGUGGGGACAGUGCGGUGGUAUAGGCUAUACAGGUUCCACAGUCUGCGCCUCCGGAUUAAUUUGCGUCUAUGUGAGUCCAUAUUGGUCAUCUUGCCAGGCUAAGUAA